UGCUCGGUUACAGCAAACUAUUUGGAUCUUCCUCUAUUCUUCUUUUCGAUGUUGUUGAAUUUCAAUACGAACCAGAUUGAAAAGGAAAUAACUGAUUGGCUUGCACCAGACGGAAGGUACUUUGAGAUCCAAUGCGCGGAAAGAAAGUUUUUAAAAGACAAUAAUUGUGAGUAUUAUGACGCUCCUUGGUGCGUCCAAUAUACGUCGGAACUUGGUUUUCAAUUACAAAAUGAAAGUGGCUUGUCUACCCUGACGAACGAUCUCAUACAGAUGGUACACAGAUUAAACUUUCGUUUUAAUGACAGAUGCGACUAUAUCAUUCACAUUGAUAAAGCAGAGAGCUUAUCAAAGACAGGAGAAACUUCAAUAGCGAUUAUUGUAAAUAUGACUUUAACAGUGUACUACAUAGAUGUUAUGGAGUUAGAAUCAGCAUUCAUAUCAGAAAUAGUACAAAAGGAUGCAUUAAACCUGUCAGAUGUACAACAUAUUAAACUACAACCAUUUUUUAUUUUAAAACCUUUACGGCGUUUAAGCCAGCUUGAUCAAGAAGGCCUAUAUGCUUCAAACGCCAAUAACAACAUGUAUCCACGAGUUAUCACGAAACAGAAAAAUGAUGAAGAUUUAAAAAGUUCAUUUGAAUCCUGCGAUAAUAAAGUUCGUUUAAACCAAGUAUUGAUUUGUAAGCAUUUACUUUUAGAUCAAUCUUUCUUCCAUGUGAUCAUUGACGACCAGACUUUACCUCCCAAUGUGUCUAUAACCAUAGACUUUAAUGUCACAAAGGUACACAUCACAGAUAAUAAAGAUUUACUGAUGGUGGAUUUUGAUGACGAUGGAAGUCUCCUUGUCUGUAUUGAUUUGAUAGAUAAGAAAUUAAAUGAAUCGAAAGAGAGAGAUCCAGGUAUUGACCCACGUUGCAAGGAGACACAGUGUUUUGUUGAAAACAUUUUAACCUGGGUCUGUUUCAUUAUUUCCAUGGUAUGCCUUCUACUGACCUUGUUGACAUACUGCAUGUUUCCUGUCUUGAGAACAAAGGCUGGUGUAAACAACAUGUUUCUCAGCUUCAGUCUUCUCUUGGCACAAGUCUCUCUGAUGUUCAGUGCCUAUACUUCUGCUCCCGGCAUGCAUUGUAAAACCAUUGGCGUCCUGACUCAUUUCCUGUGGCUUUGGAACUUCUCAUGGAACUUCCUCUGUAGCUUUCACAUGUUUCGAGUUUUCAAUGCCGGACCCAGAAUGAACAAUGAACGAAAUAUGACAUGUGAGACCUGGAAGUGGUUGAGUGGGUCGUUAGUUUUACCAUUGUCAGUUGUCAGUUCAGUUAUAACAUAUAACACCUUCAAAUCACAAGGGAGAGAAUUAGGAUAUGGAAAUUUUCAAUGUUAUUUAGACUCUCCGUUUUUCAUUGGAAUCACUGUAGCUGCUCCGCUGUUCGUUAUUACAUUGAUCAACGUCACCUUCUUUCUUGUGACUGUUUACAAAAUGUACAGUCUCCGAAGCCUUCAAUCCACUUCCUUUUCCAGCUCAGCACCAGACUUCAAUAAGACCAUCUACGUCAAGUUAUCUACGGUGACAGGCAUGUUUUGGAUUGUAGCACUCCUGGCAGAGCUCUCGGAUAACGCCAUUUUUGGGUUCAUCGCCAUUUUACUAAACGGACUUCAAGGAAUGGCCAUAUUUUUUGCAUUUGUGUGCAACAAGAAAGUGGUCACUCUUUAUUCUUCUCUCUGGCGAAAAGAUCAAGCUUGAAAUUAAGAAAGCUAAUCACCACCACUGAUGAAUGAAUGAAGUCAAUUACGUUAUACAUUUGAUUCUCGGUCAACAAGAGGAUCAACAAAAAUAAAAGAUACAAUCAAUCAUGUCUUUGAGUUGAC